CCGGGGUGGGCGUAGCUGGCCGCUCUACAAAGUUUGUUUCUGCCUCGGGCGGUGGGGGAGGGCGGCGGGCGCGAGAGGAGACGAGGGAUCUGACGUCAGGCCGCGAGGUGCUUUCCAGCCGGGAGCUGUCAGGCGGGUGUCAGGCCGGGCAGGUUCGCAGCGCACUCUCCCGGGCCCCCCGCCCCGCAUCCCCCACCCAGCACCCUGCCCGCGGCUGCGUGGGCCGGAAAGCCGGCGGGGAAGGCUUCAAGGAGGUUCAGCCUAGCCCCCAGGCACCAUGUCGGACAGCGAUCUAGGUGAGGAUGAAGGCCUCCUGUCACUGGCUGGCAAGAGGAAGCGCAGAGGGAACCUGCCCAAAGAGUCAGUAAAGAUCCUCCGGGACUGGCUAUACCUGCACCGCUACAACGCCUACCCCUCAGAGCAGGAGAAGCUGAGCCUCUCCGGACAGACCAACCUCUCAGUGCUGCAGAUAUGUAACUGGUUCAUCAAUGCCCGGCGGCGUCUUCUCCCAGACAUGCUCCGGAAGGAUGGCAAAGACCCUAAUCAGUUCACCAUUUCCCGCCGUGGGGGUAAGACCUCAGACAUGGCUCUCCCCAGGGGGAGCAGCCCUUCCAUGCUGGCUGUGUCUGUACCCGCCCCCACCAACGUGCUCUCCUUGUCAUUGUGCUCUGUGCCGCUCCACUCAGGCCAAGGUGAGAAGCCAGCAGCCCCCUUCCCACAAGGAGACCUGGAGCCCCCCAAGGCCCUGGUGACCCCUGGCAGCACCCUUACCCUGCUGACCAGGGCUGAGGCUGGAAGCCCCACAGGUGGACUCUUCAACACACCGCCACCCACACCCCCAGAGCAGGACAAGGAGGACUUCAGCAGCUUCCAGUUGCUGGUGGAGGUGGCACUACAGAGGGCUGCCGAGAUGGAGCUUCAGAAGCAGCAGGACCCGGCGCCCCGGCUACUACACACUCCUCUCACUCUAGUCUCAGAAAACCCCAAGUAAGCACCUGCUGCCAGGUGGCUCAAGGCUCAGGCCAGUGAUCCUGGGUCCUGGUUCGCUUCUCUUUCAUACAGAGGGUUUCUACAGACCACUGCCAAGCUUUGGGGUCAGCUCUGUCUGGAGGUUCUCAGCGGAAAAACCCCAGCUGGUGUCACUGCACUGUGAAGGGGGCCUGUCCUCUGCUGACUGCUGUUCCUUCAGGCCUGGAGUAGACCAAGGGACUGAGAUAGACAUGGCCUUGUUGCUGCUUCUCCAGAGAUGCCCUGGGACACCUGUGUUCCAGCCGGCUUUCCUCAGCACACCCAGGAAACCUGCCAAGUUGAGACUCAAGCUGGGUCCAAGCUGCCCCGAAGCUGUGCCUCCUUUGGACAAGCCAGGUGUGCACAUUCCAAGUUCCUAAGUAGGGACAAAAAAACAGAACCCAGCAGAUGUCACAGAACCGACUCCAGUUGAAUGUUUAGAUUUUGUUAAACUGUUUAUUUCCCCUUUUUUACUAUGGUUUGCCUUGAUGGCAGUAGGUAGGUCAGGUGUGGGGAGAGCAUGCAUAUGUGGUGUGGAGGUGGAUAAGCUGGGGGUGAUCUCCCACUGCUCCUGGGGAUGACUGUAUAAGGAACCAGCUGAAUCUCUGCAGUAGUGUGAAAUUCCAAGUGGGAAUGGUUUGGUUUACCCCAUUAUAAAAGGCAGAAAAAAAUAUGUGAACCUACUAGAUGCAGGGCAGAGAAGGGUGAUUAAAAACAGGUGUUUGUUUUUAUUUUUGUAUCUAUUGUAUUUUGGGGGUGGUAACCUAGAAUGAGGCAGUUUUUGUUUUUUUUCCUUUAUCUUUUUAAUGUUUUCCCCUUUGUUCCUGAAGAUGUUGUCCUGUGGCGUGAGUUUGGGAUUCCUGUGGGAACCUGGCGAGAAAGUCAAAAGCUCUCAGAUCUCCUCCAUGGGGAGAAGUGGGCCAUCUGCUGGUCAGGAGGCCCUUGGGAAAGGCCGCUUGACUCACAAAGGUAGCAGGAAAGCUCUCUUCCUGGAGGAAGCAAAGGCUAGGGCCUACAGAGGCAGCGCCAAGUUAGAAAUGAGCUGUGAGCCUGGGGCUGUCUGUUUCAUCUCCUUUCAAGUUGGAGUUGCAGAGGCCUGCCAGAAUUUCCCAGCAAAACAGCUCCAGGUGCUCUUAAUCUCUUCCCUUUUCUCACCUUUUACUUGCUGUUUUGUUUCUGAUAGUUUUCAAGGGCCUUAUACCCCAUCUUUAUAUAUCCUAAGAAACACUAAUCCUAGGUUUUCAUUAGCCAAGAUAUGUUCUAAAUAACCAGAAGACUUGAGGAGCUCUGACUUAAGAGUUUCCUGAGGUUGCCAGGUUGUGAACACAGAGCAGGGGACUGACUUGGGGUGCCUGCCCCAGAGAAAGGUAGAACACUAUUCUGGCCUUUCUGUAGAGCCCCCUGGCACCCUUGAGGAGACUUCUUCCAUCUCUCCUGAGUGGUAUAGCCCAUACCUUGCUGAGGGAAUGGGAAUGGGGGCAUUUUGCUCUCUGUAGGGGAUUCUUUCCUAGGCACUCUCUCCUGCCUCUCUGGUGAUCAGGGUCCUCAGCACACUGAGGCCCUGCUGGGGAAGGAUAAAUGUGGCAGUUUCAGGGUUGGUUGAGGCUGCUGUUUGCCUACACCUCUACCUGGCUAUGUCUGAGCCCAGGUCCCAUAAUGGCUGCAGUAGGAGACUUGGAGUGUAUUGGCUGGAUGGGAUUGUUUUUUCCUUCCCACAGUGCACUGAGCAGAGGGAGCAGGGAGGGAGCCGUGCUGCUGACUUCUUUAGGCAUUCCCCUCCUGGUAUAAAAUGGGACGUCUGGGGGUGGGGCGUCUUCUGCUUAGGUUGCUUGUAAGGUAAUUCUAGAGAAGCACAGUCAUCCCGUUGAACAAUAUU